AUGAAGGCCACCAUCUACGCUCUCGCCUUCGCUAGCAUUGUUAGCGCCCAUACCACUGUCUACAGGAUCGUUGUCGACGGAAAACCACAGCCCCCCGGAAAUGUUCAGGGCGGAUAUAUUGAUACUCCACCUAGCAACAGCCCUGUGGUUGAUGUCACUUCUCAGGCUAUGGAAUGUAACGUAGCCGGCAUCAAGGCUACCACUUCUGUUGCUGUCAAUGGCGGUUCCAAUAUUGCUGUCGAAUGGCACCACAACAGCGCUGAUGCCGGCGACGACAUCGUCGCCACGUCCCACGUUGGACCCAUCAAUGUCUACAUGUCAAAGGCAAGCUCCUCCAUGUCCUGGACUAAGAUCUCGGCGGAAACCUAUGAUGGCACAUGGCCGGUUACAAAGCUCAUCAAAGGUCUCUAUACGGGCACGCCCGGCCAGCACAAUUUCACCCUCCCCAAUGUUGUACCAGGAGAUUAUGUCAUCCGGCCCGAGAUCAUCGCUCUCCACGAGGGAAACAGGGUAGGUGGUGCGCAAUUCUACCAAGAGUGUAUUCAUGUCAAGGUUAGCGGGUCUGGUACCGCUGUUCUUCCUGCUGGCGUGGCUAUCCCUGGCUACGUCACUGCAAACACUCCUGGUGUGCUGUUCGACAUUUACAACGGCUUUACCAAGUAUCCCAACCCUGGUCCCGAGGUCUGGAAUGGGGCUUCUGGCGCUGGUACCCCUCCACCCGCGAAAAGCCCUGUUGCCGCGACUCCAUCGCCAUCGCCAUCGCCAUCUCCAGCUCCAGCUUUCAACACCCCUGCUUCCAAGCCUCCUUACAACGUCAAUGCUGCUCCCAAACCCGACCCGGUGACUGGACCUGCCUCCAAGCCUCCUUCUAACGUCAAUGCUGCUCCCAACCCCGACCCGGCAACUGGACCUGCCUCGAGCACACUUACCACAAUGGCUAGGCCCGUUGCUACCCCUAAUGAUGGCCUCGUACAGCCUUGGGGUCGGUGCGGUGGUCUGGGCUACACGGGCCCCACUACAUGUCAUUCAAGCUGCCAGUGCAAGAAAUGGAACGACUGGUACUCUCAGUGCGUGUAGGGGUAUGCUUUCGAUGACAGAUUUAACGGUCAUGAAAGGCUGGGGUUGGCAUGGAAAGGCUUUGUUUGUUUGAGUGUUUUGGGAGGGUUGCAGGUUUGCGAAAGGCUUUGUUGACGGUUGUUAUUAUCUACAGCAGUGGCUUGAUGGCCACUUUCGAUUCUUGUGUAAAUACACGAUGGGUGUGAUGAGAAGGAAUAUGCACCUCUUUUAGCUUG